GAGGCGUGGAUGAGGAGCCUACCAAGCAAUCGGCUCUGAGAGGAGCGAGAGAGAAAAAAAAAUACUUUGGGAGUGUGGAACAGUGGUGAAUAGUAGAAGUGGAUAAAGACAGAGAUAAUGAAACAGUGGAUUAUAUUAAGUGCAGUGCUGGCCACAGGCUGGUGUUGUGGAUUCCCAGGUGCUCCUUCACACUCCACCGUCACCUUCUCCGACAACAGACUCGACUCGAACACGGUGGCCACGUACGCCUGCGACCGUGGCUUCGAACUGCUAGGACCUGCCAGGAAGAUCUGUGCUGAGAAUGGCACUUGGACCCCAGCUGGCAUCCCCUUCUGUGUAUUGAACGUGGCAGCAGGGAAGGCACCUAUGCAGUCUUCAGUUGCAGAAGGAGGCAUACCACAGAAGGCAGUAGAUGGCUCCAGCGCCACCACCUUCAAUCCAGAUACCUGUACCCUCACCAAGGCAGAGAGACAGCCAUGGUGGUACGUCAACCUACUUGAACCUUACAUGGUACAGCUCGUCAGGCUCGACUUUGGCCAAUCUUGCUGUGGUAACCAGCCAGCAACUAUCGUAGUGCGAGUGGGGAACAACCGGCCAGACCUCGCUGUCAACCCUGUAUGCAACCGGUUUAUUGGUCUGCUGGAGGAGGGUCGCCCGCUCUUCUUGCCGUGUAACCCACCUAUGCCUGGAGCCUUCGUUAGCGUGCACUUUGAGGCUCCUCCAGGGGUCCAGCUCUCCAUCUGCGAGGCCUUUGUUUAUACUGACCAGGCACUACCUAUAGAGCGUUGCCCGUCAUUCAGGGAUCAACCACCAGGGAGCACCGCGACCUACGACGGCAAGUGCUACAUCUUCUACAGCCAGCAGCCCAAGAACUUCGACAAUGCCCUGGAAUUCUGUCGCAGCCGAGGCGGUUCACUGGUGGACGAGACCAACCCGGCACUACAGGGGUUCCUCAGCUGGGAGUUGUGGCGCAAACACAGGGGUGAUCCUAAUGGCCAGUACUGGUUGGGCGCUGUUCGUGACCCUGAUGACGUCAACAAUUGGAAAUGGAUUGAUGGUACUGACGUGACCGUGUCGUUUUGGAACCUGCCUGGCGGAAACGAAAACUGUGCUCGGUUUGAUGGCACGAAAGGCUGGCUUUGGUCAGAUACCAACUGUAAUUUCGACCUUAACUUCAUCUGUCAACAUCGACCCCAAACAUGCGGUAAGCCAGAACAACCACCCAACUCUACGAUGGUCACCGCCAACUACAACGUCGGAACAGAUGUAGAAUACCGUUGUGAUCCUGGGCACUAUCUAGUUGGACCUGCUCAAAGAUCAUGUCUUGACUCCGGCUUCUUCAACGAGUUCCCUCCAACCUGUAGAUACGUGGAGUGCGGUCCACCAGCUCCCAUCCUCAACGGCGGCUACUCCCUCGUAAACGAGACCCGCACCUACCUCAGCAUUGUGAGGUAUGACUGUGACCCUGGGUUCAUCCUCAUCGGCAGACCUGACCUUAUCUGUGACAUCGACGAGCGCUGGAACGGUCCUCCACCCCGCUGUGAACCGGUGACCUGUGACGCCCCAGCUCCCAUCCUUCACGGGUCCUCCAACUUCUCCUCUCCUACUGUUGAUGCCGCGGUCACCGUCAACUACUCCUGCGACGAGGGUUACGUGUUAGUUGGUCCACGAUACAUCACCUGCACGGCUGAGGGCACCUUCGACCAGGAACCCCCACUGUGUCAAGUGGACGCAGCAGUGAAACCAGAACUCCCUGAGACACGAUUUGGUGAAUCCAAUCGAGCGGGUGCCGGAGGUCGACCUCGACGUCCCCAUCGCCCUGGACAGCGACAGCGGCCUCCAUACCUGACCGACGGGGGAGACAACACCGUGGAGGCCAGCAACCCGGGCCUGGAGACCGUCGUACCUUCCCUAGAGGCCGGGGACAACAACAAGAUAAACAAGAUAAAUAAUGACAGAGGCCAGAGUGUAGAUGGUCCGAGUUUUGAUCUCAAGGAAGAAGACGGCAUCAAAGUCACCGAGAAACUCCAUCUUGGUGGUAUCAUCGCUCUAGGUGUCUUCGGCGGGUUCGUCUUCCUCGCUGCUGUCAUCACCACCAUCGUCAUCCUCGUCAGAAGGACUCAGCAUGCACCAUCCAAGAAGUAUGUGCGUCGCAGUGAUGACGGCACCGCCUCCUCCUACGACUCCUCCUCGUCUGACGGCCACGGCCUCAACAAGUACUACAAGAGAGCGUGGGAGAACCUACGUGAGGGAGGCGGCGGCGCCGGCAGCAGUGGAGGGGAACUGGAGAAGGGAAGUCACUCUCGUCUCGGCCGCACGGAAACCCUCGACCAACCAGACUUCAGGUCCACACGCUCAAUGGGUCAUGAGGGACUCCGCGACGGCUCCGAGAUGACAGUGAACGAUGUGGCUGCCAUGUACACCCGCCCUGAGAAGCGGCGCCAUCACCACCACCACCACGGUCACCGCCACAAGGGAGGGCGUGAGGGAGACCGUGAGCACCAUGACCGCCAUGACCACGACCGCCAUGACCAAGACCGCCAUGAACACCAGGAUCGUCACGAUCGCCAGGAGCGCUCAGAACGUCAUGACCGUCACGACCGCGACUGGCGAGAUCGUGACCGCAGGAAGUACUAAAGGAUCAUCGGCUGAACACACUGAAAUCAACGCAACAUAUAUACGACCAAAGCUCCCAGGACAGAGGAACCAGAGGAAGAUAGAGACCACCCAGUGCCCACUAGCGACCUCCUCAUUCUUUAAUGGUCUCUUGUUCAGGCAAUGUUGUGUCUCUCGGCUACCGUGUAGCAACAACUGCAAAAACCUGAAGUGUGGCUGACAUCUCGUGUAGCGUAGAAAUGUAUUUCAUAAUUGCACAUUUCUUACUCCGUUAUUGAUCACUUGGUAUGUAUUGCAAGGUAAGCGAGAGACUAUAAGUUUGCGCAUUUCCUCCCCCAGUGUUCGAACGAUAAAGUCGCCAUUGCUGGUAGAAAAAGAGAAAAUCUGACGUAGCUUCCACCUAAUGUAUGAUUGCGGGGAGGAAAGCCCCCACCCCCACCCCUAAGCGAUGUUUUAUAGUACGGGCCUAAGAGUUUCCGAGGGCUUGCUCGUGGGCAACACGGAGUCUAACUACUAGCUGAAAUUGGUUUCUCUCAAGACAUAGAACAAAAUAAUCAGCUCUUAUCAUGAGGUGGCCUUAAAAUGAGUGUCUUCCUCCUCCGGGAAUUUCCAGACUUUCUGUAAAUCAUCUGGUGAAUAUAGCUUGAGGAGAGCAGGCUUGUGUUUACCUUGGGACUGAGUAGUUUUCCCUCUUAAUCUUGGCGCUUGACACACUUUGUAACCCAGUUAUUAACCUCCUUUAUUAAAUUAUUCUUUCAUUAUAUAGACUUUUGUUCUAUUAAGGUUGAUUUUUUUCACCCCAAUUUGCUCAGAGCAGCUUAAUCCCUGGCAGACCAGCUCAGUAGUCUUAACUUCCUUGUAAGGUGUUUUCCUGCUACACAGCGCUUAUAUCUGCCGCUGUCCUGGACUUUCACCCAAUUUUGAGGAAAUAACCUACUGACAGCCUUACUCAGUAAUGUUUACUCUUCAGUACAUUAUAGAGACCUGCGACUCACCUCAACACUCGCCACCACCUCACAGCUCCACAAGGCCGUCUACAAUGUGUCGUUCAUGAUGUUUGUUAUCGCUGGUGUACGUGGCGUCAGCCGUUUCUUGUUGAUCCUUCACAUAAUUGUUUUGUUGAUAUGUAUUCCACUUUCUCUGAAGGGCUUAUACUUGAUAGGUUGUUAUAGAUUUUACUACGUCAUAUUUAGCAUUUAUUUAUUUUAUUGUUAAUUGAGGAGAAGCUUUCUAUUUUAUUAGGGUGAAUCAGGUAGUUCUGUGCACCUGUUUCAGCCUUGUCAUUACUCAGACAAAGUCUUUUAUUAUUAUUACAAGGAGUUGUGGCCCAGUAUUUCACUCUUCUCCUGCACCAACGAUUACCGGUUCGAGUCUCGCGGCUGGUCACUAAGAGGAGCGACCCCAGUCGACCCAGCAGCACAAUGAGUGCCUAACUUAGCAGUUGAAUAAGUGAAUACGGCAGUUUGUAAUACCGACCACGCAAUCCCGUGUGUACCGAAGGCUUAAUCUUCAAUGUGCUGAUCCGCACUCCCCUUAACUGGCCGUCUGUUGUAUGAGACCCACUAAUACGACAGUUACGUAGCCUAGACAAAACAAUAAUUCAAAAUUCGAGAUUUGUUUUGAUGUGUCUCUUUUCGUGUGUGAUAACACGAGCACAGCUCACUUCAUGAUAUCCCAGGACAGCCCAGCUCAUGAUAUCUGUUCCAACUAGUUCAUGAAAAACUCAGCAUAGCUUUAUCCAGGAGACACUAGCAGUAUUUAGAAAACGAGAUCACACACAUAGAUAACCCACGAGUGGCCAGGGCGUCGACACGGCCGCUGGAAACAGGUAGAGCUGUCUUGACUUAUAUAGAAUUGAGUCUUCAAAACGUCGUCGUAUUUAUUCCCCACAUAGCUUAUAUAUAUAUAUAUAUAUAUAU